AGAUUUGUUCUUUCUUCUUUUUUGUAUGUAAUUUUAUUUUUCUGUAAUAUUUUGCCGCAUUUGCUCGUAGUUUCAUUGAAAAAAGCCGUUUAACAUUGUUUUUCGAGAAAAAAAGUUUAAAAUGAAGUUUACAAUAAAUCAAUAUUUUAGUAAACAAAAUAGCCGAUGUGGUUAUUGCAAAGGCACAAAGUGCUCCAUAUCCCAUGGUAUGCACUCGUAUACAAUGUUUCCAGAGGACUACCAAGAGUUAAUUGAUCGCGGCUGGCGUCGUUCCGGCCUAUAUUGCUAUAAACCUCUCAAUAAUGAAACUUGCUGUCCGUGUUACACUAUCAAAUGUGAUGCCUUAGAAUUUAAAUUGAAUAAAUCUCAUAAAAAAAUUUUAAAACGUAUGACACGGUUUCUUCGCGACGGUAAAAAGGAUAAAAAUGAAGAGACUGAUAGAACUGGUGAUUUUAGCAAAGAUGCGGUCGGAAGUUGUGUUGAUAUAGAUGAAGAUGAUUGUGGUGGCGGUACAGACAAACAGUCAGCUUCUGUUGGCGGAAUUAAUGAUGAACCACGUGAGCCAAAAUUGCCUAUUCCAAAUAUAAAUUUUGAUGUUAUUGCUGCCGCUAAUCAAGAAAGACAUGAAGAAGCGCAACGAAGCCCCGAACACUUUGAUGAUCAAGUACCAACCGAGGUGGAAAAUCCUGUAAUCGCAACGGAAACUGAAUGUGCUUCCAAAAGCUCUUGUGAUGGUAGCAAUCAACAGCGGAAGAAAGCGAAAACAAUACGUUUGGAGCGUAGACAAGCAAAAUUAGCAGCCAAAGGCAUUGAAGUAUCGAAUUGUGAAACUAGUGCGUCGAAAAAGCAAAAAGUUAGUCAAGGAAAAACACUUGCUGAUUAUUUUGCUGACGCUAGCGCAAACGAUAAACAUAAAUUACAGGUGAUUUUAAUACCGCCGAAUAAAAAGCACGUAACUGAUGAAGCAUUUAAUUUAUAUAAGAAAUACCAAUUGCUUGUACACAAUGACGAUCCUAAUCGUUUAACGCCGUCUAGCUUAGAGCGUUUUUGUUACAAAUCUCCUGUUAAGUAUACCAAACCACGUAGUGGACCCCAAGAUGGUUAUGGCUCGUUUCAUCAACAAUAUUGGUUAGACGAUAAACUAAUUGCUGUCGGCGUAAUUGAUAUACUACCGCAUUGCGUUAGUUCAGUUUAUUUCUUUUAUGACCCAGAUUAUAGUUUCUUAUCCUUGGGCACCUAUGGUUCACUGAGAGAAAUUGAUCUCGUUCAACAAUUGGCUAAGAAAGUGCCGGCUCUAAAAUAUUACUAUAUGGGUUUCUACAUACAUUCUUGCCCCAAAAUGCGUUAUAAGGGUCGUUUGGAGCCCUCUUAUUUGUUAUGCCCUGAGGCUUAUACUUGGCAUUUACUGACGGACGAAACUCGGCGAAAGCUUGACGAAAGUAAAUAUCAACGUCUAAAUUCAAAUACUGAUGCGCAAGACGUUGAAAAUUUCCAGACAUCUGACUUAAGUAAAGUGAUGCUGCUAUAUGACAAUGCUUAUUUAACUUAUCAUCGGUAUAUUCAGUCACUUAAUAUACCCACCAUUGACAACAUGUUGGACGCUAUAAGGAGCAGAAUUUACAAAAAGAUUACAGGCGAUGACGAUGAUCGUGAUUUAAUAAUAGAAUAUGGCAAAUUGGUGGGCAAAUCGUUAGCACAUCGUAUGCUCUAUGUUAAAACUUAGAAGUUUUUUCUGCAUAUUUUGGUAUAUUUUUAAUAUGUAUAGAAAAAUUUUGAAUUUGUAAAUUAACAUAAUAAUGCCUUUGGUCAUCUAAUUUCAAAUACAGUAGAACUGUUUAGUUAAAUUAA